UUCCUCUGACUUCCAUUAUCAAACUUCGCUUAGCACAAAUUUUUUUUUUUCUUUGGUUUAAAAAAUCGUAGUUUUAUUCAAAAUUUUAAUUGAAUUAAAUCACUUGUGAUUCACCCAGUCAAUUUCUAUUGUGUCCCCCCGAAAAAUUUGUGACCUCAAGCUUUGAAAUUUGAUUCCUUUCUCGACGUAGCGCCGAUCUUGUGAGCAAUCCCCUUCCUAAAUCCUAAAGUAUUGGGUUUUCCAGCUAAGUCUAGUCGAUUCUUUAUAAAGCUCCAAAUUUGAUUGGAAUUUGAAAUCAUGGAAGAAGAUGAUGAUUACGUUGAGUAUGUGCCGGUUGCAAAGCGAAGAGCAAUGGAAGCUCAGAAAAUCCUUCAGCGCAAGGGAAAGUCUUCAGCACUUGAAGAUGAGUUGGAAAAAUCAAAACUUGCUGAAUCAAAACCCAGUCUGCUUGUUAAAGCCUCGCAGUUAAAGCGUGAGGCUCCCGAGGUUAGUCCAACUCAGCAGCUGAUGCUGCAAGAGAAGGAAAUGAUUGAGCACUUAUCGGACCGGAAAACCCUUAUGUCAGUCCGGGAAUUAGCAAAGGGAAUUACAUACUCAGAGCCUUUGCCAACAGGUUGGAAACCACCAUUGCCAAUCAGAAGGAUGUCGAGGAAGCAAUGUGAUUUGAUUCGAAAGCAAUGGCAUAUCAUAGUUGAUGGGGAUGAUAUACCGCCACCUAUUAAGAAUUUCAAGGAUAUGAGAUUUCCUGAACCGAUUUUGAAGAUGUUGAAAGCAAAGGGGAUUGUUCAACCAACCCCAAUUCAGGUUCAAGGUCUUCCAGUGGUUUUAUCUGGGAGGGAUAUGAUUGGGAUUGCCUUUACGGGUUCAGGAAAGACGUUGGUUUUUGUGCUUCCGUUGAUCAUGGUGGCAUUGCAGGAGGAGAUAAUGAUGCCCAUUGCCCCUGGUGAAGGGCCAUUUGGUUUGAUUGUUUGCCCUUCCAGAGAGCUGGCCAGACAGACUUAUGAAGUGGUAGAACAGUUUCUUAUUCCCAUGAAAGAGGCAGGGUAUCCAGAUUUAAGGCCUUUGCUCUGUAUUGGUGGAGUGGAUAUGCGAUCACAGUUGGAGGUUGUGAAAAAGGGUGUUCAUAUUGUUGUUGCUACACCUGGGAGGUUGAAGGACUUGUUAGCAAAGAAAAAGAUGAAUCUUGACAAUUGUAGAUAUCUAACCUUAGAUGAGGCUGAUAGAUUGGUAGAUUUGGGAUUUGAAGAUGACAUAAGAGAAGUUUUUGACCACUUUAAAGCUCAACGACAAACUCUGUUGUUUUCUGCUACCAUGCCCAGCAAAAUUCAGAAUUUUGCUAGAAAUGCUUUGGUUAAGCCUGUCACUGUUAAUGUAGGAAGAGCAGGAGCUGCCAAUCUUGAUGUGAUUCAGGAGGUUGAGUAUGUCAAGCAGGAGGCAAAAAUAGUUUACCUUCUUGAGUGCCUACAGAAAACCCCACCACCUGUUUUGAUAUUCUGCGAAAACAAAGCUGAUGUGGAUGAUAUUCAUGAAUACCUUCUCCUAAAAGGAGUGGAAGGUGUGGCCAUUCAUGGAGGCAAGGAUCAAGAAGAGAGAGAGUAUGCCAUUUCAUCCUUCAAGGCAGGCAAGAAAGAUGUGCUUGUUGCAACUGAUGUUGCAUCGAAGGGGUUGGAUUUCCCCGAUAUUCAGCAUGUUAUCAAUUAUGACAUGCCAGCAGAAAUCGAAAACUAUGUUCACCGGAUUGGACGCACGGGAAGAUGUGGAAAGACUGGAAUAGCAACGACAUUUAUAAACAAGAAUCAAAGUGAGACAACACUCCUUGACUUGAAGCAUCUCUUGCAGGAGGCAAAACAGAGGAUACCUCCUGUGUUGGCUGAGCUUAAUGACCCAAUGGAAGAUGUGGAUGCAAUUACUAGUGCAAGUGGGGUAAAGGGUUGUGCUUAUUGUGGUGGGCUUGGUCACCGUAUCCGUGAUUGUCCCAAGUUGGAGCAUCAAAAAAGCAUGGCCAUUGCCAGCUCCAGACGAGAUUAUUUUGGAUCUGGAGGUUACAGAGGGGAAAUCUGAUAUGUUAUGGACAGCUCUGCUGCAUGCAAUUGAUGUUUUUACUUGGUCGCCCUCCUUUUUGUUUUUUAACCUUUUAUUCUGCCAUGCUGUUAGCGUAUGUGAUAAGAGGGAGGAGAUUGCUGAGAACUUCCAUAGAAUUGGUUGUGCUUUUCCAUUGUUAGUGGUAGAUUUCAGCUAUAAAAUUUGUAAGACUGAUGGACAGACUUUUAGCUUUAAAUUUAGCUGAAGCAGGAGACAAAUUUAGAAUAAGAUCUGUAAAUUGCUCAAAAAGGUUCACUAAAGUUUAUGAAUUUGGCGUCAUUCAUUUCUGUGAA